AUGACCCAUUUUGAGACUCUCCAGUUGCAUGCCGGGCAGCAGCCUGAUCCCGCGACCAAUGCUCGCGCCCCACCGAUCUAUGCUACGACUUCGUUCGUGUUUAACGAUACCGCACACGGUGCCGACCUCUUCGGCCUGCGUGAAGCGGGCAACAUUUACUCGCGUAUCGGCAACCCCACCGUCGACGUGUUUGAGCAGCGUAUGGCUGCUCUUGAAGGCGGUGUGGCUGCAAUUGCCGCGUCCUCGGGCCAGUCAGCGCAGGCCAUGGCGGUGCUAUCGCUCGCGCAGCAAGGUGACAACAUUGUCUCCUCGUCGUUCCUCUAUGGCGGCACGUACAACCAAUUCAAGGUGCUCUUCCCGAAGAUGGGUGUGACGACCAAGUUUGUCAAGACAGGCACACCGGAGGAGAUUGAGAAGGCCAUUGACAGCCGUACAAAGGCUGUGUACUUGGAGACCAUCUCCAACCCACGCUACACGGUCCCGGACUUGGAAAAGAUCUGCGAGGUAGCGCACAAGCAUGGUGUGCCUGUCGUCGUGGACAACACGUUCGGUAUGGGUGGCUAUGUCGUGCGCCCUAUGGACCAUGGCGUGGACAUUGUCGUGCAUUCCGCAACCAAAUGGAUCGGCGGCCACGGCACGACUAUUGGCGGUGUCGUGAUUGACUCGGGCCGAUUCGACUGGGCCAAGAGCGGACGUUUCCCGCAGUUCACGGAGCCGUCGGAAGGCUACCAUGGCCUGCGCCUUUGGGAGAACUUUGGGCCGAAGACGUUUGCUGUGUACGUGCGCGUCGUCAUGCUCCGUGACCUCGGCUCGUGCAUGAAUCCGUUUGCAAGCUUCAUGCUUCUUCAGGGUGUCGAGACACUGUCGCUGCGCGCGGAGCGCCACUGUGCCAACGCCCUGCAUCUGGCGCAAUGGCUGGAGCAACAUGAGUAUGUGUCUUGGGUCCUGUACCCAGGCCUGUCAUCGCACCCUUCGCAUGACCUGGCGAAGCAGUACCUGAAGAAAGGCUUCGGUGGUGUCUUGUCGUUUGGUCUGAAGGGCGGCGAGGAUCAGGCACGCACGUUUGUGGACUCCUUGAAGCUCGCUUCUAUGCUCGCCAACGUGGGCGAUAUGAAGACACUCAUUAUUCAUCCUGCCUCGACGACGCACCAGCAGCUCAAUGAUGCCGAGCAGCAGGCGUCGGGUGUGACAAGGGACCUGAUCCGCGUGUCGGUGGGCUGUGAGCACAUCGACGAUAUCAAGGCCGACUUUGAGCAGGCCUUUGCCGUCCUCAAGAGCGAAUGCUAA